AGCGCGGGGCCGGGCCGGGCCGAGCCGAGCCGGGCCGGGCCGCCCGCUCUGUACAGUGACUGUGCCCCUGUGCCCCCCCCGCCCAUGGCCGUGGAGAGCCCGAGUGUCCCCCCCGCCGCCGCCGCCUCCCCCCCCGGCCCGCCCGCCUCCCCCCCUUCUCCGUCCCGCCACCUCCACCACGACAGCGGCAGCGGCAGCUGCAGCCUCCCCCGGCCGCCGCCGCCGCUCCAACUCCACCACGGCCCGGACGAAAGGGAGGAUGGAGAGCUGGAAGAGGGAGAGCUGGAGGACGAUGGAGGUGAGGAGGCGCAGGAUGCGGCCGAGCUGCACGAGAGGGGGCGGAAGGAGAAGUCGGAGAAGCACCACAGCGACUCGGACGAUGAGAAGGCUCAUCGGCGCAUGAAGCGCAAGCGGAGGAAGGAGCGCGAGAAAGAGAAGAGGAGAGCUAAAAAGAAAAGGAAAUCCAAGCACAAGCGCCAUGCAUCUUCCAGCGAUGACUUCUCCGACUACAGCGAGGACUCUGACUUCAGUCCCAGCGAGAAGGGGCACAGGAAGUAUCGGGAGUACAGCCCUCCCUAUUCUUCUUCCCACCAGCAGUACCAGUCCUCUCAUGGCACUCCCAUGCCAAAAAAGAGCUACUCCAAGAUGGAGAGCAAGAGUUACGGCAUGUAUGAGGACUACGAGAACGAGGGCUACGGCGAGUACGAGGGGGAGGAGGAUGAGGACAUGGGGAAGGAAGACUACGAUGACUUCACAAAGGAGCUGAACCAGUACCGGCGGGCGAAGGAGGGGUCGCAUAGGGGGCGAGGCAGCCGAGGCCGGGGCCGAGGCUACAGGGGGCGUGGAGGCAGAGGUGGAAUGAGAGGGCGAGGCAUGGGCCGAGGAGGCCGGGGAAGAGGGAGAGGCGACCACCCAGAAGAGGAGGAGGAAAUGUACGAGGAAGAGAUGGAAUACGGCGACAACGAGGAGCCUGCCGGUGAUGACGAAUAUGACGAUUACUCCAAAGAGCUGAACCAGUACCGGAGGAGCAAAGAGGGCCGAGGCCGAGGUUUAAACCGUGGGCGAGGUCGUGGUCCCAGAGGCAGAGGCGGCAAGGGCAUGGGCAGGGGGAGAGGAAGAGGCCGGAGCGGAAUGGGGAAAGGCGGCGGGAUGAACGAGGAUGACGAUUACUAUGAGGACGAUGGAGGGGAAGGAGGCGGCGGUGGGAAUUACAGGCGGAAUGACCACGACAAAUCCCACCAACAGUCGGAUAAGAAAGGGAAAGUGAUCUGCAAGUACUUUGUGGAAGGCAGGUGUACCUGGGGGGACCAUUGCAAUUUCAGCCAUGACAUUGAACUACCAAAGAAGCGGGAACUGUGCAAGUUUUACAUCACCGGCUACUGUGCAAGGGCUGAGAACUGCCCCUACAUGCACGGUGAUUUCCCUUGUAAGCUGUUUCACACCACAGGGAACUGCAUCAACGGGGACGAUUGCAUGUUUUCUCAUGAGCCGCUCACAGAUGAAACGCGGGAGCUUCUGGACAAGAUGCUAGCAGACGACGCAGAAGCAGGCGCAGAGGACGAGAAGGAAGUGGAAGAGCUAAAGAAGCAAGGCAUCAAUCCACUCCCCAAGCCCCCACCGGGAGUGGGGCUGCUGCCCACCCCCCCUCGCCCUCCCGGCCCACCAGCCCCCACAUCCCCCAAUGGCAGGCCGAUUCCUGGAGGCCCCCCACCCCCUCCGCCCCCCCCACUCCCGCCGCCCGGCCCGCAGAUGCCACCACCACUGCACGAGCCCCUCUCGCCCCAGCAGCUCCAGCAGCAGCAGGACAUGUACAAGAAGAUCCCGUCGCUGUUUGAGAUUGUGGUGCGGCCCACGGGGCAGCUGGCCGAGAAGCUGGGUGUGAGGCACCCUGGUCCCCCUCCUCCCAGGUUCCCUGGCCCUGGCGGACCCCCAGGGCCUAUGCCAGGACCCAUGCAUCCAGAUAUGCACCCUGACAUGCUUCCGGACAUGCAUCCCGACAUGAUUCCGGACAUGCACCCAGACAUGCACCCGGACAUGCACCCGGACGUGCCCAUGGGCCCAGGCAUGAACCCCGGCCCCCCCAUGGGUCCUGGCCCUCCCAUGAUGCCAUAUGGCCCAGAUGGUUCCCCGCACUCCGGCAUGAUGCCUCCCGGCCCACCUGCACCAGGCUUCUACGAUAACUUCUACCCACCUCCGGAGGGCCUGGACAUAGACCACGGCAUGAUGGGUGACCCAGACGACUACGGAACUUACGAGGAGAUGGAGGAGCCUCCCGGAGAGCACCUGUUCCCUGACCCCUCCUUGGACCACGACCCCCUCUGCGAAGGACCACCAGGACUGCAGAAGCCGCCGGGCAGCAUCCCCGACUUCAUGCCUUCCGCCCAAAGGGCCCUGUACCUGAGGAUCCAGCACAAACAGCAGGAGGAGGAGGAGCGGGUGCGGCGGCUGGCCGAGAGCAGUAAGCAGGAGCGGGAGAAUGAGGAAGGUGACACCGGCAACUGGUACUCCAGCGAUGAGGACGAUGGUGGGAGCAGCGUCACUUCCAUUUUGAAAACCCUGAGGCAACAGAGCUCCAGCCGGCCUCACGUCCCGCUUGUCCAUGGCGACAUGAGCAGUGGCUUGGGCCCAUCAGGCAUGGGCGACCCUCGCCUCCAGAAGGCCCAGUCUGCAGGUGGGCGCCCAGCUGACCCUCGCCUGCGGGACCCCCGGCUCUCUCGAAACGUGGAGGCGUCUGGACCAGCCGGCCCCGGAGAGGUGGGGCCCACCGACCCGCGACUAGCACGGCACAUUCCCACGUCCGCCCCAAAGCCGGACACCCCUCAUUCCAGCUCUGUGGCCGGCCCAAAGGUUGCCUUGGGCCCUGAUGAGGAGGAAGGGGAGAGAGCACUAAGGGACAAGCCAGUCAGCAUCCCCUUGGACGUGCUGCCCGGCCACGCGCUGCGGGACCCCCGCUCACAGCUGCAGCAGUUCAGCCACAUCAAGAAGGAUGUGGUCCUGAACAAGCCCAACUUUGCCCGGCUGGUGCUGUGGAGCCCAGAGGACCUGAUCCCACUGCCCAUCCCGAAGCAGGAGUUCGUCCCCGUUCCCGCCGCUCUCCAGUCACUCCCUGCCCUCGACCCGCGGAUCAGCCGGCCCCAAGCCGCGGUCCCAUCUGACCCCAGGCAGCGGGGGGCAGGCACCCAGGCAGAGUCCGGCUCUGGUUCUGGCACCAGUGUCCCUGACUUCGAGCUGUUGUCGCGAAUACUAAAGACUGUGAACGCGGCUGGCAGCCCCACCUCUGGCCAGAGCGAGAAGCCCAGCGACCCCCGGAUGCGGAAGGCGUCGGCUGACCCCCGGUUACAGAAAUCAGCAGAACCAGCGGCCUCCAGACCUGCCAAGGCUGCGGAGUCUCCUCCGGGCCCCGGAGCCUCCACUCCCGGCAGCGAGAGCGCCCCCACCAUCGCUCCCUACGACCCCCGGCUGCUGACCGCGGGCGGGCUGAGCAAAGGCAGUGGCCAGAGCAAUGUGCUCAGUGGCAUCAGCCUGUACGACCCCAGGACUCCAAGCUCGGGCAGCAAGGCCUCAGAGGCUGCCGGCGAGGGGAACACGUCGUCAAAAGGCUCGGACGCCGGCAAAGGUGCCGGCAAAGGCAAGGAGCCCCUGUUUGUGCGCAGGUCUGCGCUGGACCAGCCCGAGGCGGAGAAGGCGGGUGCUGAGUCUGCCGCAGACAGGUACAACAGCUAUAACAGACCACGUCCCAAGGCCUCUGCCACCGCCGCCACCACUGCCACCGCUGCCUCCUCCUCCACCCCUGCCCCAGAGACUGCCCCCCAGCCAGGCGUCCACAACCUCCCCGUGCCCUCCGUCUACGGCAUGGUCAAGCAGAGCGCGAAGUCGGGGUCCGGCAGCCCCUUCGCGGGGAACAGCCCUGCCCAGGACAGCGAGCAGCAGGACGCCGGGUCUCUGAAAGAUGUUUUCAAGGGCUUCGACCCCACAGCCUCGCCAUUCUGCCAGUAGUGUUCACGGACUGCCCUGGCAUCCGCCUUGCGAUAGCUGCGCAGUGUUGGGAACCUUUUUUUUUAUUCUUUUCCAUUAGUGCUCACUUUAGCCAUAUAACAUGUACAGAAAUCCUUUUGGUUCUGGUCGGUGCUGUGACAUAUAUAUAGCCUCCGAGAAUAAUUUUAAACAAAUAAUCAAAGUAUCUCAUGCCGUAAUAACCAGCCUUUUGUUUUUCGACUCCCCGCUAGUUUGUUUUAGAGCUUUCUUUGCAAACGCGACUGAACGCCCCCUCCUCGGAAAAUAAUGCAAUGUCUGAAAUCUCUCGGGGAAGCUGCGGCCGUCCCGGCUCACCAGCCCCCAUCCUCUCCUUGUACAGUAGAUUGCGUUCCAAGCCCGGCGCAUCCCCCCUCGAGCAACGCGAUGCCGUACUCAGGACAAGGGGAGCGACAGACCGGACAGCAGAGUAACGUGGGUCAUACGUGUAGCUUAAGAGAUUAAAGCUGUGAGCCGUGCGGAUUGGUGGAAUGUGUUCAUUUAUGAAACAGCUAACGCGAGUAUUUGUAUCAUAGCCUUUUUUUUAAUUAUGUUUAAGGAAGCCGAAUGCGAUGAGCAGUAUUGCCUGGAGAAAUAACCCCGUGGCAUCCGUGCUUGUCCGGUGGGGGAGGUUCUUUCUGCUUCUUUGAAGGCGGUAUCUCUGCUGUUUCCUGGAGGCGGGUGGGUUGGGAGACAGCCCAGCUGGCCCCUCUUCGGGCUUCGAGUCCCGAGAGUUUCCGCCGACGGCCAGGGAAUAUUGACCUCCCCGAAGUGCUGCUGUCUACCAGCAAGAGAGGGUGUAUUAUUGACAUUAAAUUAUUCAUCUCAGCCCGACUUUGCACGCACAUGGGUUGCUCGCGGAGGGUUUUCCCAUGAGCACGGCAAGGAUUCUCAGUAUCUUCUCCCUGCCCCCUGCGAGCGGCUCGGUCCCCGUCCCACCCCCCAUCCCAGAUCCAGCGGGAGAAGGCCGCGUUCUGUAAGAUGCAGGAGCUCCAGUGCCGUGCCACCGAGCAAGACUUCUCCACAGCAGCUGGUGAUAGAUGCUGAAUCUUUUCUUUCGAUGCAUUCUGUGCACCGACCGGGCUUUCUACACGGGCAGCCGACGGCGAGGCCACUUCAGCCGGUUGUCGGGGCUUUCGGGACAGGAGCUGCCGAUUGGAGACGAGACCAGGGCAAGCACGUGCGUCACUGGAGCUGCGACACGCUGGGCCAGGAGCCCCCACAGUCCCUUACUGACAGGCGAGAAGCCCCCAUCUGUGUUUUCCUGAGCACGCCUCCAUCCGGCGUUGUCUCCAGCUUAGCAAGGCUGCCACUUCCGAGAGCCAAAACUGCCCUCCCGGGCCCCAUUUGUUACUGUGCAGCCGAAAGUUCCCGUGUCUUCAGUAGCAAAUGGGGAAUCGCUGUCGUUUCCCCUUCGGACUUCCUUUCCCUGCCCAGGGUGCCCUGCUGCCCCGCUCGGGUCACGCCAGCCCCUGUCUGGCCUCACCUACCAGUAUUCAGCUGCCGGCUCGUGAGCAUCGGAGCAUAAAGACACGUUGCGAAGUGUCCUGUACUGAGCAGAGCUGAUGCGCCGCACCCUUCUCAUCGCGUCACGGCCAGCAGCUGUGCCCAGCGUUCAUGGCUGAUGCAGCGUCGCCUUCCUGGCCAGCGAAGGAGAUCUGAUUAAGCAGUCGAAACGCAGCAUUAGGAAGGUGGCCAUGCUCCUGCAGCAGGGCAGUGCCUAUGACGCGGUGUGUUGAAUCCCAGGAGCGGUGUGAGCUCUGCAGCGGCACAACGUGCGACGCAGGCCCCCCUGCCCAUCAGCUCUUAAACCAUCCCCCGUGGUGAUGUCUGUCAGGCUCCUGCGGCCUGACGUGGUUCCUCUGCCGCGGAUCCCAGGGACUGGUUGUUUUACACGGGGGCUGGCGGAGAGCCCUGAGCGCCCGUCUCCCUCCAGCUGGAGAACCCAGCCCUGUCCUUGUGUCACAGCAGCUCCUCACCUGCCGAGCAGCUGCACGAUAACGAAAGAGGAAGGAUCUUUCUCAGUAUUUCAGCCACUGGCAUAUUUUAUCUGGUCUAGGAUGAACUUUCCAAAUGUGGAAUGGCUCCCGGGACGCCCCCCACCCCCUCGGCUUUGCUGGACAAGGUCUUAAGAGAAUUAGUGUUUGCUGAGCGUUGGUGCACGUAAGACGAGCCUUCACGAUGCCAAAAUUGAACGGUUUCCAACGUCAACAGAAAAAGAAACCCGCCUGGACUCCGAAGUUCCCGUCUACGCCCCUUUCUUGCAGGCGGCGCCGAUUUGAGUUGUCACGGUCCCUUGUCACGCUGCUCCCAUCACGUUCCCACGUGCCCUGCUUUCGCGGGAGGCAUAGCGGUGUCCGACUCACUCAACGCACCCCUACCAAACUGGAUCCCAGAGAGAUUGGAGGCUGCUGGGCCAGGCUGGGCCGUUCAGUACGUGCAAGUCCUUCAGGGUUUACCUCCCGGGGAAAUCUCGGCUCUUCUCUGCCCUGCGAGCAGUUUGCUGGCUUGUAAGUGAAUCGAGCGUGGCGGCGGCAGCGGCGGGUUGAGUGUCCUGAAGUGGUUUCCCUCGUGCAACCUCAGAGCUCAUCGCUUUGGAGUUUGCCUGGCACCAGCGUGUCACGGGGAGAGAGCAAUGAAUCGGUUCGACCGGGGAGACCGCUCUCGGCGAGGGCCGCGUGCAGGAUCAGCUGAACUUUCUGUAAAAGGUAAAACCUGUCAGGAAGAUGAUGAAUUAUUUGGGUUGAUUCCCCAGAGAGCGAAAGCGCCGCCGUUCUCUAACCCAGGAAUGUUUUUCCACCGGCCAGAGCUUUAAGAGAAAAAAAAAAAAUAGCGCUCUAGCUGAGAUUGUAAUAAACUGUAAAUACUGCUUCCGAGUCGGAGCUGUUGCUGCGGAUAUGUAUAUAGCGUAUGGGUAUUUUUACAAUGACUGUUCCAUGUGCAUGGCUGCGUGAGGGUUUUCUCUUUGUUUUUGUACCGCACAUUUGUCUUCCAGAAACGUCAUCUGUAUUUCUCCGGUGAAGUCUUUAAUCUUCUAUCAUUGUAUCACUGCCAUUAAAGGAUGCAGUUAUUUUAAA